GAUGGCUCCUAUGCUAAUCAGGGGGUAGCCCCAGCCAAAGGUUUCCAGCGUCCUCCCCUAACUCCCGCCCAAACUCACUACAUUAGUGAGCAGAUCUACAUGGCACCUACGCUUUACCACUACUACUGGCCUGUGCCCAUAACUGACGAGUCAGAGUCAAUGUCAUCAAGUCAGAAGCUGAGCUGGCUGGAGUGGCUGGGCAUCUUGGGGAUCCCAGUGGUGAUGGGUCUGUCUGUGGCUCUGAUCAUCUUUGUUGUCAAGACCAACAGCAAAGCCUGCGGGGAUGGCCUCCUAGUAGAGCAGGAGUGUCACAAUGUCACCAGCCUCCUGGAGCGCCAACUAACCCAAACCCGGCAAGCGUUACAGGGGACCAUGGACCAGGCUACCACCUGCAACAAGACUGUGGUGACCCUGUCAGCUUCCCUGGUGAAGGAGAAGGCCUGGGGUCAGGAGCAGCUCACCCGAGGAGAGAAACUUCAGGGAGAGAUCGAGACAUUGAAGCAGCAGCUGCAGGCCGCUUUGGAGGAGGUGAAGCAGCUAAGAGAAGGGAAGGAGGCCUCAAGCAAGGAAAGGGAAACCAGCUCCGUCAGCUCCUUGAAGGCACCCCCCGGCUCCGUGGUGGUCCCCGUGUACCUGCUCCUAGGCCUUAGGGCUCUGCUGGCCUGAGGUCCCAGGAGGCCUGCCGUGUCCAGCGCUGGGAACCCCUCCUCCAGAGAGUCUCUCUGCUUCUUCAAAAUUGAGAGCUGCUGUCUCCAUAGACUCUUCAUCUACUUGCAUGGAUCCUCCCAGGCUCCCUCAGCCCUUCCUCCUCUGUUAUCUCCCUUUCUCCAAGUCCUUCUGGAAUCCCAACUAUUGUCCAGGCGACUUCCUGCCGGUGGCACCGGAGCCAGGCCCUUUGGGUCUGUCAGCACUGCUGGGUUGUGCUCUGUCUGCGGUGGGGGCCGCCCUGGGUGCUGUAGGAUCUUGAGCAACAUCCCUGGUCUCUACCCACCAGAUGCCUGUACCCCUACCUUGUGACAACAACAGAAAAUGCCUUCAGACAUUGCCAAGCGCCCCCACUGCGGGGGGGGGGGGGGGGGGUGCAGAUUCACUUCCUGUGAGAAACUGCUCUAGAGACGGUUCUCCUCUUCCUCACUUCUGUGUCCCUAGCUUGCUUGAGGUCGCUUUAGGAUGACGGAGUCAUUUCACCCCCCAGUUAACCGCCCCAUCUAACAAACAGGGAAACUGAAAUCCAGAAAAAUUCCCGGACUUCCUCAGAGCUUCUGAGCUGCUGGGGGGAGUGGAGAAAUUGAAACCUCCGAUUCCCAGAAGUGAGUCCUUCUCACGUGACCUGCCCCCCCCCCCCAAACUGUUACAGAAGCCAGAAAGGCAAAUAUUCCAGAGAUGGGUCCUGACUGGAAAGGUACAGGAGCUUUAUUCAGGGGGCUGGCCACCUGGGGAGAGGGACUCAGAGCCCAAAAGCCACUCAGAAGUUUCUGCCUGGCCCAGAGAUUUUUAAAGGGACUUAGGGGCAGUUAAUGGGCUAAGGGAGUGCUGCAGCCUGCGAUCUAGAUUAUGUGCAGUCUUGCCUGUGCCAGCUACAGAUGUUACUGUGGUGCUCACAGGUUGGGCAAGGGAUUCCGGUUCCUUGGUUCUGGGGGGCCGGGGGUGCAGGAGAGCCUGGUGACAGAGUGUAGAAGUGCUCUGCUCUAAGAAAGAAUGCAGGACCUAUAAAUA